UUAGUUAAAAUGGCGUCGCAUUUCCCCUGAUAAGCACACACUACAAAACAGAUGCUUUCCUUGUUCCAAAUUCAAAAGGCAUAAACCAAAAUUAUUCUGAUUCAAAAUCCCGCGCCGGCCGGACGAUGAAGCCGCCCUCAUCGCUGCCGGCGACACAUGCAUCAGCCGAUCUCCACUCAUCAUCAUCAUCCUCAUCCGAUAAAUGUGACCAGAAAAGUAACCGUGAGCUGAAGACCAGCGAUGAUCAUGAUAUUAUUAACACACAACAACAGCAACAACCACGUCGCCGAGUUUCUUCUUCCUCCUGUAAACCACCGCCUGGCCUCCGCAGACAGCAGUCUUUUGGCCGCGAUAUCGGACAUGCCGCCUCCGAAACUUACUUGAUUACUCACCUGACCUUCACUCUUCUCAGAUAUCUUGGGGUAGGCUACCGGUGGAUGACAAGACUGGCUGCUCUUGCCUUCUAUGCUAUGUUACUUAUGCCUGGAUUUCUUCAAGUUGCAUACUAUUAUUUCUUCUCAAGCCAGGUGCGGCGUAGUGUCGUUUAUGGAGAUCAACCCAGAAAUAGGCUGGAUCUGUAUUUACCAGAAAAUUUGGAUGGGCCAAAGCCAGUUGUUGCAUUUGUAACUGGUGGUGCGUGGAUUAUUGGGUACAAGGCAUGGGGUUCUCUUCUAGGAAAGCAGUUGGCAGAAAGAGACAUCAUAGUCGCAUGUAUUGAUUACCGAAAUUUUCCACAGGGAACCAUUAGUGAUAUGGUAGCAGAUGCUUCCCAGGGGAUUUCAUUUAUAUGCAAUAAUAUUGCAGAAUAUGGCGGUGACCCUAACAGGAUUUACCUAAUGGGGCAAUCAGCUGGAGCACAUAUUGCUUCCUGUGUUCUUGUGGAUCAAGCAAUUAGAGAAGCCAAGGGAGGAGAGAAAGUCUCCUGGAACAUUUCCCAGAUUAAAGCGUAUUUUAGUUUAUCAGGAGGGUACAAUUUAUGUAAUUUAGUUGACCAUUUCAAUAAUCGAGGCCUCUAUCGCUCCCUUUUCUUAAGCAUAAUGGAAGGUGAAGAAUCCCUCAAACUAUUUUCUCCUGAAGUUAGAGUAGAGGAUCCAAGCUUUAAACAAGCUGUUUCGCUCCUGCCUCCUAUUAUUCUUUUCCAUGGGACUGGUGAUUAUUCAAUACCGUCUGAUUCCAGUCAAGCUUUUGCAGAAGCUCUUCAAAGAAUAGGAGCUGAGGCUGAGCUAAUUUUAUUCGAGGGAAAAACUCAUACAGACUUGUUUCUACAAGAUCCUUUGAGAGGCGGUAAAGACGACAUGUUCGACCAUAUUGUUGCAAGAAUUCAUGCAUGUGACAAGGAGGCUCUUGCCAGGGAUGCCAUUGCACCUCCAAGACAACGUCUUGUUCCUGAACUGCUGUUAAGGUUAGCUAGUCAUAUCAGCCCAUUUUAGGUCCCAACACUUGUGAUGGUUUGUCAGGAAUAUUUGUUUGAUUCUUUUGUAAGCCAGCUCCUUUGUGUAUCAUAAUGUUGUAGCUGUUAUUGUUCAAGGUUGCUGAGCAGCUACCAUUCUUUGAAGGGACUCUCCUUGUAUUAUUUCUGAAAAUUUACUUGUUUAAGAAACUUAUCAAGCUAAAACUUUAAUGUCCGCUUUUAUCGAGUUGGUUGAUGUGGAUAUGAAUUUGAUCCUACUAUUAGCUAUUAUUAGGAUGUGCAAAACCAAAUUCACUUCAGUUUUAGUACAAAUACAAUUACAAAUCGAAUCCAAUUAAACCGAUCGAGUUUGAUUUUAAAUAGUUAAGAUUCUUAUAGUUUGGUUUAGUUUUGAAUUUUUUCAAUUAUAUUCGGUUUGGUUUGAAGCGAAUGGAUACUCCUAGUUCUAGCUAUUAGUAUGUUAAGAUUUGAUUCACGGCAAAUUCUUACCUAGAUCUAAUCCAUGAAAAAAAUUCUUAGAUGGGCAACAGUUUUGAACAUGGAACUUCUGUCACGGCUAAAUGAGUUAGCAUAUCAAUAUAGGGCAGCUUGAAUAUUAGGGUAUACAGUGGCGCCUGUGGACUCCGAAACUUUGAUAAAAUGAGUAGAAAUAUAGUCAUUUAUUAUAAUUUUAAAAAAGUUGGCAAAUAUAAAUUUAUAAGUGGGUAAAAUUACACCAUUAAACUAUUUUAAUAGUAUAACUUAAAAAUUUAUUAAUGUUAUGAAUGUAAUUGUGCUGGAAAUAAUUUCUUCUGAAUCAGAUCACUCAGUCCACCAAUAAUAUAAAACAUUUAAUUAUGGAUAGACUCCUCAUUAGUCAUUAUAGACCCAAAGAGUAAUAAAAAUACAAACAUAAUUAAAGAAAAAAAUUUGCAUAGACAUUUCAACACAUUAUUAAAAUAUGAGCCAACUACAGAGUUUACAUAAAAAAAAUUCCACAAAUAAUAACAAAAAUAAGAGUCUACAUAAAAAAAAUUCCACAAAUAAGAACAAAGAUAAAGUUGCAUUUAUCUUCUAGUCAACUCCAAGUCUUUGGAUUCAUGUUUAACCCAAUCAAAAAAUAGAAAAAACAAUUCCCAAAAUGAAGUGAUAAUUUGCUAUAAAUAAGAGUGGUAGUGAAGAACCAAUAUGCAAGUAAAUUAAUACAUUCAAUCAUUUAAAAGAAAAUAAAUAUGAAAGCCUUUGUCAUAAUAUGCAUUCUCUUGGCUGCCAUAAUAUUUUCUCCUUAUUCUACCGCAGCCGCUCGUCAACUAGGUUCUGAUGGCACUAACAAAGUAGGUGUCAUCAAAUCUACUGGGCCUAUUAAUCCUGGACCUGGAACUGGUCCCUUUAGAUGCGGCGGCCGUGGUCAACGGUAUUGCAUCCCUUCGACGAGGAAUCCGCCGGCAAAACCUUGCAACCCUUAUAAGCGUGAGUGUCAUGGCAGCAACCCUUGAAGAAGAUCCAUAUCAUCAUUUUUAUACAUAAAAAUGUACUCAUUGAGUAUGAUAAUUAUGAUAAUUAUAGUUAUUGAGAAUAAGAUGAAAAUUUGAGAUAUGUGCAUGGACCUUUAAUCUGUAAGCCUGUGGCUGUAAUGUAAUGUAUUCAGUGGUGUAAUAUUUAAGCUGUAAGCAUAUAAUGUAUCCAGUGGUGUACUAAAGAUUUCUUUUUAA